AUGGCGAGUGCGGCGCGGGGGCUGCGGGCGAUGCCGCGGCUGCUGCCGCUCCUCUGCGCGCUGCUGCUGCCGCCCUCGCUGCAGAGCCCGGCCCGCUCCCCCCACAUCAAGAAAGCGGAGGCGGCGGCGUCGGCGCCCGGCGAGGCGCUGCGGUACCUGCACUCGGCCGAGCUGGGCGAGGCGCUGCGGGCGCUGGAGGCCACGGCCCCGCCGGGCCUGGUGCGGCUCUUCAGCAUCGGGCAGUCGGUGGAGAAGCGGCCGCUGUGGGUGCUGCGCCUCACGGCCGGGCUGGGCCCCGAGCGGCCCGACGAGCCGGCCGGCGGCGCGGCCCUGCCCGGGCGGCCGCAGGUGAAGCUCGUGGGGAACAUGCACGGGGACGAGCCGCUGGCGCGGCCGCUGCUGCUGCGCCUGGCCUGGGAGCUGGUGCUGGGCUGGGCCGGCGGCGACGAGCGCAUCGUCCGCCUGCUCAACACCACCGACCUGUACCUGCUGCCCAGCCUCAACCCCGACGGCUUCGAGCGCGCCCGGGAGGGCGAUUGCCGCGGCGGCGGCGCCGAGAGCGGGCGGGAGAACAGCCGCGGCCGCGACCUCAACCGCAGCUUCCCCGACCAGUUCGGGGACGCCGAGCCCAACCUGGAGCCCGUGCCCGAGGUGAAGGCGCUCAUCGACUGGAUGCGCCGCAACAGGUUUCUGCUCUCUGGCAAUCUCCACGGGGGCUCUGUGGUGGCAAGCUACCCCUACGAUGACUCGCCCACGCACAGGCUCACAGGAGUUUACAGUAAAUCAGCUGAUGAUGAAGUCUUCAAAUAUUUGGCAAAAGCUUAUGCUUCACACCACCCCAUCAUGAGAACUGGCAAACCCAACUGCCCUGGAGAGGAGGGAGAGACCUUCCCAGAUGGCAUCACAAAUGGUGCCCAGUGGUAUGAUGUGGAAGGUGGGAUGCAGGAUUACAACUACGUGUGGGCCAACUGCUUUGAGAUCACUUUGGAGCUGUCCUGCUGCAAAUACCCACCGACCUCUGAGCUUCCAAAGGAGUGGGAGAACAACAGGGAGUCUCUCCUGGCUUUCAUUGAGAAGGUGCACAUUGGUGUGAAGGGCUUUGUGAGGGAUGCAGUCACAGGAGCUGGCCUGGAAAAUGCCACCAUUGCUGUUGCUGGUAUUGCUCACAACAUCACAGCAGGGAGGUUUGGUGAUUACCACCGGCUGCUGGUGCCUGGGACCUACAACGUGACUGCUUUUGUGAUGGGCUACACACCAGUGACCAAAGAGAACGUCGAGGUGAAGGAGGGAGAUGCAGCAGAAGUGAACUUCUCCUUGCAGCCCACUGCGAUGCCACCAGCUCCUAACGUCACCCAGCUCACAGCAGCUCCUGCCCCUGUCACUGCCAUCACCCCCACCCCUGUGCAGGCUGAGGCCCCAAACCCAACCCCUGCCCAUGAGCCCAUCCAGCCCGUGGAUUUCAGGCACCACCACUUCUCGGACAUGGAGAUCUUCCUGCGGCGCUACGCCAACGAGUACCCGGGCAUCACCCGCCUCUACUCCGUGGGCAAGUCCGUGGAGCUCAGGGAGCUCUACGUCAUGGAGAUCUCUGACAACCCUGGUGUCCACGAAGCAGGUGAGCCAGAGUUCAAGUACAUCGGUAACAUGCACGGGAAUGAAGUUGUGGGGCGAGAGCUUCUCCUGAACCUCAUCGAGUACCUCUGCAAGAACUUUGGCACAGAUCCUGAGGUGACUGACUUGGUGCAGAGCACACGGAUCCACAUCAUGCCAUCCAUGAACCCUGAUGGCUACGAGAAGUCCCAGGAAGGAGACAAAGGAGGCACCGUUGGCAGAAACAACAGCAACAACUAUGACCUGAACAGGAACUUUCCAGACCAGUUUUUCCAUGUGACAGACCCUCCCCAGCCAGAAACUCGUGCUGUCAUGGCCUGGCUCCAGUCUUACCCCUUUGUGCUCUCAGCAAACCUGCACGGAGGUUCCCUGGUGGUUAAUUACCCCUUCGAUGAUGAUGAACAAGGAAUAGCCAUAUACAGUAAAUCCCCAGAUGAUGCUGUGUUCCAGAAGCUGGCACUUGCCUACUCCAAGGAAAAUGCAAAGAUGUACCAGGGAAGCCCUUGUAAGGAUAUGUACCCCACUGAGUACUUCCCACAUGGCAUCACUAACGGGGCUCAGUGGUACAAUGUUCCAGGUGGGAUGCAAGACUGGAAUUACUUACAUACAAACUGCUUUGAAGUGACCAUUGAGCUGGGCUGUGUGAAAUACCCCAAGGCUGAGGAGCUGCCCAAGUACUGGGCCCAGAACCGGCGCUCACUGCUGCAGUUCAUCAAGCAGGUUCACCAGGGUGUCUGGGGCUUUGUGCUGGAUGCUGUGGACAAGAGGGGCAUCCUCAAUGCCACCAUCAGCGUGGCUGACAUCAACCACCCCGUCACCACCUACAAGGAUGGAGACUUCUGGCGCCUGCUGGUCCCAGGGACGUACAAAAUCACAGCGUCUGCCCGAGGGUAUGAUCCACUCAGUAAGGUGGUGGAAGUUGACAGCAAAGGGGGGGUGCAGGUCAACUUCACCCUUUCACGGACAGACAGCAAAGUGGAAGAGGGGAAAGGGAUGGUCUUGAACACCCCAGACACCAGCAACCCCAACGAGAAGGAGUUUGAGACCCUGAUCAAGGAUCUCUCUGCUGAGAAUGGUCUGGAGCGGCUCCUGCUCACCUCCUCCAGGGAUGUGACUCCCUACAGAUACCGGCCCUACAAGGACCUCUCCGAGUUCCUCCGAGGCCUCUACCUCAACUACCCCCACAUCACAAACCUCACCAGCUUGGGGCAGAGUGUGGAGUUCCGCCAGAUCUGGUCCCUUGAAAUCUCCAACAAGCCCAACGAGUCCGAGCCUGAGGAGCCCAAGAUCCGCUUUGUUGCUGGGAUUCAUGGAAAUGCUCCUGUUGGGACAGAGCUGCUCCUGACACUGGCAGAAUUUCUUUGCAUGAACUACAAGAAGAAUGAUGCUAUCACAAAGCUGAUUGACCGGACCCGGAUUGUGAUUGUGCCUUCCCUGAACCCCGACGGGCGCGAGAUCGCGCAGGAGAGAGGCUGCACCUCCAAGAUCGGCCAGACCAACGCUCAUGGCAGAGACCUGGACACAGAUUUCACAAGCAAUUACACCCGGUACUCAGCGGCACGAGAGCCUGAGACCAAAGCCAUCGUGGAGAACUUGAUCCUGAAGCAUGAUUUCAGCCUCUCUGUUGCUCUGGAUGGAGGAUCUCUGCUUGUCACUUACCCCUAUGACAAUCCAACACAGUCAGUGGAGAACAAAGAAACACUAAAGCAUUUGGCAUCUGUGUAUGCAAACAACCACCCAGUGAUGCAUUUGGGCCAGCCAGGCUGUCCAAAUAAGUCAGAUGAGAAUAUUCCUGGUGGAGUGAUCCGUGGCUCAGAGUGGCACAGUCACCUGGGAAGUAUGAAGGAUUUCAGCGUGACGUUUGGUCAGUGUCCUGAGAUCACUGUUUAUACCGGCUGCUGCUACUUCCCCAGUGCUGGACAGCUUCCUAGCCUGUGGGCAGACCACAGGAAAUCUCUCCUUAGCAUGCUUGUGGAGGUCCACAAGGGAGUGCAUGGCAUUGUCCAAGACAAGAGUGGCAGGGCAAUUGCUAAAGCUGCCAUUGUUCUGAAUGAAGGCCUGAGGGUCUACACUAAGGAAGGUGGCUAUUUCCACGUGCUCCUGGCUCCAGGGUUUCACAGCAUUGAUGCAACAGCCAGUGGGUACCAGCAGAAACAUGUCAAGGUCUUUGUACGUGAUGAUGCACCCAGCUCUGUGUUCAUUGUGUUUGACACAGAAAACAGGAUUUUUGGGCUGCCAAGAGAGCUGGUUAUAACUGUGGCAGGUGCCAGCAUGUCUGCCCUGGUGCUCACAGCCUGCAUCAUCUGGUGUGUGUGCUCCAUCAAGUCCAACAGGCACAAGGAUGGCUUCCACCGCCUCCGGCAGCACCACGACGACUACGAGGACGAGAUCCGCAUGAUGUCCACUGGCUCCAAGAAAUCCCUCCUGAGCCACGAGUUCCAGGAUGAAACAGACACUGAGGAAGAAACACUGUACUCCAGCAAACACUGACACCUCCAGGGCAGGAGAGGAGGUUCCCAUGGACCAGACCUGGUGGUGGGGGGCAAUCCCUGUGGGUCAGUUUUGAAAUGUUAGCUUCGGGAUGUGUCCUCCAGAGGGGUGGGUGGCAGCCCCCAGCUUCCCUCUGUUUGCUCUGUUCCUGUGUGCAGGCACUCAGUGGGUGUUGGAGGCUGUUUCUGAGGUAGGGACAUGGUUUGUUACAUUUUUGGGUCAAGAUCUGGAGGUUUGUAUGAUGUGGUUUGAAAGGCAGCUUCAAUAGGGUGGCCAGCAGAGCUCUUAGCAUUUCCCCAGCAUCUCAGCACAGGGAGCAGAUGGUGGGGAAGUGCCCCAAGACCUGCACAGGGUCGUGGUCAUAACACUCCAAAAAAGGUCUCUCUACCUGUUUUGAUUUCAUGUUUUCCACUACAUGCUUGGGGGAGCCCAGGUCCUUCACGUGACUCCACAUUCUGCAGAGCAGCCCUCAGAAAAAGCCCAAAAAAGAAAGAAAUCCUUUGAUUCUCAGCUGUUCCCUUGGAGCUUUUCCCACCAUGGGUUGCUGUGGCCUGCAGUGGUUGUGGAGCACCUCUAAUGUGUCACUACUUUCCCCCUCCUGAAGGCUGGGGGAGAUGACAUUGCUCUUGAUGUGAGCUGGAGAGAGUCAGAGCCCCAGUGAGCCCUGACAGAGCUCCCCUGCCUGCCAGCUCUGCCAUGCUGCUGUUCCUCACUUCUGGGGAGCAAAGAAACUUUAUCCCCAUCACCCUGGUUGUGUUUUGUUUGUGUCAUAGGCUUGGCUUUGGGGUCUCAUGUUCAUCUUCCAAUAGCUCAGUGCCUGAGAGAGCAGCUGGGAGGUUGUUCUGAGCAAAUUGAUUCACUGAUCUGUAGAAAACCUGAUCAAUUUUGCUCAAAUCCACCGCUAUUCAGGAGGGAACAGUGAAAUCUGACCACUGCUUUGUAUUUGAGCAUUACUGGAGCAGCAGGGAGAGGUCAUGGGAGUAUCCAUGGCCCAACUUUGGUGCUAAAUUCUGAAGAAAACCUGCACCAUUUGCCACUGUCCA